UCAAGAUGGCGGCUUCCAUGACUUCGCAUUGGUGAAGCAAAAUAUAAAAAUACAAGGCGUUUUAUAACAAAAGUUCAAGGUUUUCUCCUUCAAGGAAUUCACCCCGUUUUCUAAUUUUCGAAGUAAGGAAACCUUCGUAAUGCGAAACAGAAAAGAAAAAUGUUUAACAACGCGCAAUUAAAAGAGCAUGGUGAGCUGCUGAAUAAGAGCAUGGAUGGAGAAAAUUCUUCCAAGUUUGUCAAGGGUCUAAAACAAUUAAACUACCAAAGGAGCAGCGGUUUGUUGUGCUUGUUAGACGAGGAGAAAAAUCAAGAAGAAGAGAAAAACCCUGGAGUUGAAGUAAAACAAAAUGGCGUCGAAGAUUUCGAGAUUAAAGCUAAAGAAAACGGAGCUGAAAUCAGGUUACAGUGUAAUACAAAUGGUGGCCAAUUUGAACAGACAAGUGCCGCUGGUACAGGGCUUUUCGAUGAAGUGUCCAAAGCCUUUAAGAAAAAACGCAGCAUAGCUAACAAAUGUAAGGUUUAUGUGGGUAAUAUAGGUUAUAAAGUGAGGAGUAGAGAGUUCAAAGAAUUCUUCAGUGCGUUUGGAAGAGUGUUGCAGGCGCAGAUAGUACAAGAUCGUAUCAAGAAGAGAUCACGAGGAUUUGGGUUUGUCACAUACAGUAAUGAAUAUGAAGCUCAGAAAGCCAAGCAAUCUGCAGAUGAAGAACGUACGUUACAUGACAGAGUUAUGACAGUAAUGACUCCCACCAGAAAGAGAAAAGGUGGACCAGUUAGUAAAGAACAGUCUCUAGAGGAAGCUCUGGAAGAAUUCCAAAAUUUAUCACUCUUAGAAGAAAAAGAAUCAAAUGAAAACCUGGACAAUGAAAAGGGUCAACUAUCCAUAUCAGAUUUAAAUGAUGACAUCUUGAUCCUAAUAUUUUCUUAUCUGCAACUGAAAGACAAAAUACACAUUGAAAGAGUUUGUACAAGAUGGAAGUGCCUUCUUCUUAAAGUUUGGCCAUCAGUAACACACUUAGAUUUCAAAAACUUAUUUUCUCUCUACAAAGGAGGUCUAACAGAUGACAUUCUGCUGGGAAUAUUUCGUCGAGGCUGUAAAAAUCUUACUUCACUUGAUCUUUCAGCAUCUCCAUUUCUUUUAACAGAGUUUGCAGUUCAUUGUAUUGCCAAACACUGCAAAAACCUUAGGGAAAUAAACAUAACAGGAGUAGAAGUAUCAACUUCAUCCCUCAAGACCUUGUCAAAAGAAUGCAGUAAAUUAGAGAAAUUAGUUCUGCGUAGGUGUUAUCAGGCUGGUGAAAAAGGAUUCUGGUGGAUAUUCAAGCAGUGUACAAAUCUAAAGCAUAUUGACAUCUCAGAUAAUAAAAGGCUUUCUGGGAAGUGUUUCUUCAUGCUGUCAGACACUGUAGAGAGUCUUAUUCUAAGCCACUGCAGCAGGCUGACUGAUAGCAGUGGUGCGUUUAUUGGGACAAGGUGUAAAAACCUCAAAUAUAUUGAUAUAUCUGAGUGUUUGUCUCUGACAGAUACUGGUGUGAGAGAUAUAAUUCAGGGCUGUCCCAAGAUAGAAGAGUUUUAUUUUAAAAAGUGUCCUAAAACAGUGACAACACAUGGACUCUCUGUAUUAUCACGACUAAAUCACUUGGUUGUGCUGGAUCUUUCACUUUGUGAUGCUGUUGAUGAUCAGAUUCUUCUACUGCUGGGCCAAUCAUCUAUCCACUUGAAGUCACUGAACAUCGAGGGCUGUUUUGGUAACAUCACUGAUACUGGAUUGCAAGCUCUUAUCACGUGUCACACACUGGAAACACUUAACAUCAGCUAUGUCGAUGAGAUCACUGAUGUUAGUAUCAGUCAGCUGGCCCGUAAUGGCUCCAUACAGACCUUUGUUGCUCGAGCAUGUUCAGGCUUGUCAGAUGAUGUUGUUAGGAGUCUCCUUUGUCACUGUACCAAUCUAACAACCCUGGACAUGAGUGGAUCCAUCAACAUCACUGACAUAUCUCUAAACCACUUGACUGAAUACUAUACGUCAUCACAAAGACCUGUACUGACAUUUAUCAUUGGAGGUACCCAGAUAACCGAAAAAGGCGUGUCAGACACGUGUAGUCCUUGUCAUAACAACUGUAAAAUAGAUACAUUCGACCUGUCUAGCGAAUCAUUGCGAUUCGGAAACCCAAGACUCCAGUCAAUAGCUCCUUUCCUUGAAGAAAGUGACGAAGAUGAUAACGAUAGUGAUGGUGAAGAUGAGGAUAACCAUAUCGAACAGAUCAAUUACGAGAUGGGGAAUGAUGUAUAUCAAGACUUCCUAGAGGCUGAUGACCCCGCCCUUAUGAUGGACGAGGAGUACUGGAUGUUUGAUCACGAUUAGAUUUCAUGGAGACAGUUCUGAUAUUUACACGGUUGAACCUCUAUAAUGUCAAAGUCCCACUAAUGGUUUUCACUAAAAUUAUAUCUCUUAUUAAGCGAUGCGGCAACCAUUUUGGCGGGUGUAAGAUAAACACUUGACAAUUUUCAAGGGUAAUAGCAUAAUUUGCAGACGUUCUUUGUUUCGGUCGCUCGGCUAAAGGGUAACCGAUUAUAGAAGUUCUACAGUCUCAUAAAUAAUAAUUGAAAUAAGAUAUCCACGUAUACUUUUGUUUAUUUAUUUGUUUGCUUCAAUAAAAAGGCGACGUGAUGUGAGCAA